AUGGCCUUUCCCCUCCCGCGGGGCAUCACGCCCUCGGAAAUCGCCUUUCUCGCGGAGAUGGAGAUGGUGACGGUGGUGCCUCGGCAGCGCCUAGAGGGGCUUGAACUACUCGGGGGCCUGGUAGAACCUCUCGUCCCUCCGCGACGCGCCUCCAUUCCUCUGUGGCUCGCCCUCCUCCUCAAACGCCAACGCCGCGCCAACAUCAUGCCUCCCGCAUGGCUGCACCCAGAGCCACUCGGCCUCAUCCUCGAGGUCGAGUCCCAGCACCAAGACUACAAAAAUGCCUUCUCGCCGCCUCCUCCGCUACCGGGCCAGCCCAGUGUCCGAGACCGCGACCUUGAACCAACUGCUCGGCCGCAGUAUACCCCAGACGGCGACCGGUACUACGCGGCGCCGCCGUUUCUGCCCCAGAAUACUGCACAGCCCGUGUCGUCGUUCUCGAGAGAGCCGCCCGCGUUGCCCUUCCAUUGGGUCGAGGUGAGCAAUAUGCUGCUCGACGCCGCGAGUGAUGAUCUCGUGGACCCGGACCAGAUCCGGCGACAACUGAAAGAUCUGCGUGAGGUGCGCAUGGCUAAAAUGAGAUCUGGUGUUGAUGUGCUGGACGCUGCAGCGACUGGUGGCGGAGGCGUUGCGCUGACAGGUGUUGGCGCAAUGGAAGUUGGAGAAGAGCGAGGGUUCGUGGCCGGCGUGGUAGAUAAUCUUCGGAAAAUCGGUGCGUCCAAAGAACAAGCGCGGCGAGAGCAAAUGGCCGAGCAAAGGGCAAACGGCGGCUAUGAUGGCACUCAGGACGAGGAGGAGGAUUACAUGGAAUUUUAG